AUGAUCCAGUUCUCUCGAGUUUAUAGCAGCGAAACCGAGAAACAAAUGAGGCUCAAAGUGUUCAAGAAAAACUUGGAGUUCAUUGAGAACUUCAAUUCUAAGGGGAAUCAAAGCUACAAACUUGGCGUCAACCAGUUCACUGAUUGGACAGAAGAGGAGUUCCUAUCCACCCACACCGGUCUUAGUGGCAUUAACGUUACUUCACCAUCCAAAGUGGUUGAUGAAACGAUGGCAUCUUGGAAUUGGAAGGUUAGUAAUCUUGUCGGCGAGAGCAAAGACUGGAGAAAGGAAGGAGCUGUAACACCUGUCAAAGUGCAAGGAGAAUGUGGUGGUUGUUGGGCGUUCUCAGCGGUUGCAGCGGUAGAAGGUCUGACAAAGAUUUCCCGAGGAAACCUCGUAUCACUAUCCGAACAGCAACUAUUAGAUUGUGACAGACCAGAUAACAAUGGCUGCGGGGGCGGAACAAUGCAAAACGCUUUCAAUUAUAUAGUAUCAAACCGGGGGAUUUCUUCAGAAGACGCAUACCCUUACAAAGUGAAAGAUGGGAGUUGCUGGUCUAAUGCCAAGCCCGCCAUGCAGAUCAGAGGGUUCAAAGACGUUCCACAAAACAACGAGCGCGCGUUGCUCGAGGCAGUGUCGAGGCAGCCCGUCUCUGUGGGAAUUUCUGGGAGGGGGAACAGUUUCAUCCAUUACUCAAGCGGAGUGUACAGUGCGCCUGACUGUGGUACCACCGUGACACAUGCAGUGACGAUUGUUGGGUACGGGACGAGCCUGGAAGGGAUCAAGUAUUGGCUGGCUAAGAACUCUUGGGGUACAACUUGGGGAGAGAAUGGUUACAUUAGACUCCGUAGAGAUGUGGAGUGGCGUCAAGGCAUGUGUGGUGUAGCUCAGUAUGCUUCUUAUCCGGUUGCUUGA